GACCGAAAUCUCUCCACCAAGCAGCUGCAGAUGUGCAGUGGUUCGACGCGGAAAUAUUUGCUAUGCUUGGAAGACCUGGGCACAGGCUACUCCGAUGCGCUCUCUGUACUGGGUAAACUGUCGGACUUUUUCAUCGCGCCUUUGCAGUAUGGAGUGGGACAACUCAACACCUUGUCCAUCUUCUUCCUCACGGAGCAAGAGGUGGGAUCCCUCAGCAACGUCGAGACGGAGGUUUGGGUUGAUGCUCCUUCUGGCUUUGAUUUUGGACAGUGCCCCUGAGCGAUCGCGCCUGCUGUGA